GGAGUCAGCCCGUGGUGCGGGAGGGAGGGCGGGGGCGGGGAGAGGCCAUGCCUCCAGCUGCAGAGGUUGCACACAGCUGGCAUGAUCGCGGUCACCUGCGCGGCGCCGGUGCCCUUGCGCUCGCGUUGCCCGGCCCGCGGCCGCGGACUUUGCGGCUGGAGCGCGGCGCGGUGAAGAACCCGCGCGGAGGGCGCCCGGCGUAGGCGGCGGCGGGUGUGGGCCGAGCCGGUAUUUAUAGCUCCGUGACAGCAGCCGCGGCAGCGACGCCGCCGGCCCGUCUCGCUGCGCUUCCCAGCGAGGCCGCCGGCGCGCCGAGGGCUGUGCUCGACCGCGAAUCCCGUGUUGCAGUCGCCCCGCGCCCCGCGCGACCCUUCGGGUAAACUACGAACUGGGACUUUUGAAGAAUGGGUAAAGACUUUCGUUACUAUUUCCAGCAUCCCUGGUCUCGCAUGAUUGUGGCUUACUUGGUGAUCUUCUUUAACUUCUUAAUAUUUGCGGAAGACCCAGUUUCUCAUAGCCAAACAGAAGCCAAUGUUAUUGUUGUUGGAAACUGUUUUUCAUUUGUUACAAAUAAAUACCCUAGAGGAAUUGGCUGGAGGAUUUUGAAGGUGCUUCUAUGGCUACUUGCCAUUCUCACAGGACUAAUAGCUGGCAAAUUUCUGUUCCAUCAGCGUUUGUUUGGUCAGUUGCUCCGAUUAAAAAUGUUUCGAGAAGAUCAUGGGUCGUGGAUGACAAUGUUCUUCAGCACGAUUCUCUUUCUCUUCAUAUUUUCUCACAUAUACAACACGAUUCUCCUAAUGGAUGGGAACAUGGGAGCAUAUAUCAUUACAGACUAUAUGGGCAUCCGAAAUGAAAGUUUCAUGAAAUUAGCUGCAGUAGGGACCUGGAUGGGGGACUUUGUCACAGCUUGGAUGGUCACUGAUAUGAUGCUUCAGGACAAACCCUAUCCUGACUGGGGAAAAUCAGCAAGAGCUUUCUGGAAGAAAGGAAAUGUUAGGAUCACUUUAUUCUGGACAGUUCUUUUUACUCUGACGUCUGUGGUUGUACUUGUGAUUACAACGGACUGGAUCAGCUGGGACAAGCUGAAUCGGGGAUUUUUGCCCAGUGAUGAAGUUUCCAGAGCAUUCCUUGCUUCUUUUAUCUUGGUCUUUGACCUCCUUAUUGUGAUGCAGGACUGGGAAUUCCCACAUUUCAUGGGAGAUGUUGAUGUAAAUCUCCCUGGUUUGCACACCCCUCACAUGCAGUUCAAGAUUCCUUUCUUCCAGAAAAUCUUCAAGGAGGAAUAUCGUAUUCACAUAACAGGCAAAUGGUUUAACUAUGGAAUUAUCUUCCUCGUCUUGAUUUUGGAUCUUAAUAUGUGGAAGAACCAAAUAUUUUAUAAACCUCAUGAAUAUGGGCAAUAUAUCGGCCCAGGGCAGAAGAUAUAUACAGUGAAAGACUCAGAAAGUUUAAAAGAUUUGAACAGAACCAAGCUAUCCUGGGAAUGGAGGUCCAAUCACACUAACCCUCGGACUAAUAAAACAUAUGUUGAGGGAGACAUGUUCUUACACAGCAGGUUCAUAGGAGCCAGUCUUGAUGUCAAGUGUCUGGCCUUUGUUCCAAGCCUGAUAGCCUUUGUGUGGUUUGGAUUCUUUAUCUGGUUCUUUGGACGAUUUUUGAAAAAUGAGCCACGCAUGGAGAAUCAAGACAAAACUUACACUCGCAUGAAAAGAAAAUCUCCAUCAGAACAUAGCAAAGACAUGGGAAUCACUCGAGAAAACACCCAGGCUUCAGUAGAAGACCCCUUGAAUGACCCUUCUUUGGUUUGCAUCAGGUCUGACUUCAAUGAGAUCGUCUACAAGUCUUCCCACCUAACCUCGGAAAACUUGAGCUCACAGUUGAACGAAUCUGCUAGUGCAACAGAAGCUGAUCAAGACCCAAUGACUUCUAAAAGUACACCCACGAACUAGACUCGGAGAUAGACUUGGAGAUAGCACAAAAAGCAACCUUGAGUGUAACUUUAAAAAUUUAGUCUUUCCUUUUGUAUAUGUAAGGUUUACAUAGUGUGAGGUAAAAAUAUGAACAAUGCCACGACGGUGCUCAACAUGCUUUUUCUAGGAUUCAUUGUUUUCUAUUUGUAUUAUAAUACACGUGCCUACUGUAUACUUAACAGUCCUCUAGAGAUUGCUUUUCACAAUUGCACAAGCUAUUACUGACUUUACAGCAUAGUAGAAGAUUAGCUGAUGACCCAUGUAUCUGAUGUUCAACCAUAGUGGUGCCUUGAGACAUUAAACUGUUUUUAACUGUACCAGAAAUGAAGUGUGGAACAGUUACCUAACCUAUCUCACAUGGGUGUUUUGUAUACAAUUAUUUUGAUCUACACUUGAUGUCUGAGCAGAAAACAGAAAUAGCUAAAUGUGACUCAGGAAGUAUCUCUUGGUUUCUUAUUCAGCAGCAGAGUUGGUGACUUUGACAACUGGACUGCAGAGAAACAUGGUGAUCACCUUUUAAUUUUUAUUGGCUGUCCGCCAAAUAUAAAUACAGAUGCAAAAUUCAGUAAUAGGAGAUCUAUAACCCAACAUGGGUCACUACUCGUGAAAUGUGACUUUCUCCCACCAGUAAUUGCAAUUAGGUGAUAAUACCUAAUUAUGUUUUCCUAAUUAAAGAUAAAUUGCUACUUGAUUAAAAAUCCUGCCCUUCACCUUUGGGAACAAAGGUUAAGAGACACAGUUGGGUGAACUCUCAAAUUUACUGGCAUUUACACAAAGCCCCAGACAACCAAGGAACUGAAGUUUUCAUCGUAUGAGAGCAGCACAGCCCACCAUUUACAAUAUUCGUAUAUCUUUCUGCAGAUAUGGUUCUGGAUAGUGAAAAUUGAAAAACAUAUGCCAACCCUGAGCAAGGGAACUCCUCAAAAAAUCAUGCAGCGGAACCUUGUCAGGUAGAGAAGCCGUGCAUGAAAGAAUUUGUUUAAUGUCUUGUUUUGCUUGUGUGUUUUUUGUUUUUGUUUUUUAAGAACUAAAUAUUGCACAUUAAUAAAUAAGAAUUAUACAGCA